GAAGUCCGCGGUCUAUUUACCCAAGUUAGAGAUAAGGGCCUGUGGAAACAUGAAGAGGGUAAACAGCUGUGUGAAGAGUGAUGAGCAUGUCCUGGAAGAGUUGGAAACAGAAGGGGAGAGGCAGCUGAAAAGCCUCCUUCAGCAUCAACUUGACACCUCUGUCUCCAUUGAGGAAUGUGUAUCUAAGAAGGAGAGCUUUGCUCCUGGUACUAUGUACAAGCCCUUUGGGAAGGAAGCAGCUGGGACUAUGACUUUGUCCCAGUUCCAAACUCUACAUGAGAAGGACCAGGAAACUGCUUCUCUCAGGGAACUAGGGCUCAAUGAAACAGAAAUCUUGAUAUGGAAGAGCCAUGUUUCAGGUGAAAAGAGGACGAGACUGAGGGCAACCCCUGAAGCAAUACAGAACUGUCUUCAAGAUAUUGAAGAAAGGAUCUCAGAGCGUCAGCGCAUCCUUUGCCUGCCACAGAGAUUUGCAAAGAGCAAACAGCUGACCCGGCGAGAAAUGGAAAUAGAAAAGUCUUUAUUUCAGGGAGCUGAUCGUCACUCCUUCCUUAGGGCCCUUUAUUACCAAGCAUACCACAAAAAGACAAGUGCAGACAAGUACAUGACCUCAAUGAAGAGGAAGAUAAAAUUAGGCACAAAAGAUGAACCCCAAAAGAAGAACAAAGGUGAUCCCAUGAACAACCUGGAAAGUUUUUACCAAGAGAUGAUAAUGAAAAAACGUCUUGAAGAGUUCCAACUUAUGAGAGGUGAACCCUUUGCUUCCCACUCACUGGUCUCAGCUACAUCAGUGGGAGAUAGUGGCACAGCUGAGAACCCGCCAUUACUCCAGGACAAGGGAAAACAGGCAGCACAGGGUAAAAGUCCCAGUCUCCAUGUGGCAAAAGUUAUUGAUAAUUCACCUGAGCAGUGUUGGACUGGGCCUAAGAAGCUGACGCAGCCAAUAGAAUUUGUCCCAGAAGAUGAGAUCCAGAGAAAUCGUUUGUCAGAGGAAGAGAUCCGAAAAAUUCCUAUGUUUUCUUCAUAUAAUCCAGGGGAACCAAACAAGGUGUUAUACUUGAAGAACCUUAGCCCUCAGGCAACCGAAAGAGAUCUUGUCUCAUUGUUCGCUCGAUUCCAGGAGAAAAAAGGACCUCCAAUUCAAUUCAGAAUGAUGACUGGACGAAUGAAGGGACAAGCUUUUAUUACCUUUCCCAAUAAGGAGAUAGCAUGGCAAGCAUUUCAUCUAGUAAAUGGAUAUAAACUUCAUGGGAAAAUAUUGGUGAUAGAAUUUGGAAAGAACAAAAAGCAACAGUCAGAUCUCCAAGCUGCCUCUCUCAUAUCAUCUGCUACAGAAAGCACUACAGAAAUGAGUGGUAGCUAGAAGAUAUAUACAUUGUGAGUCCCAGGAAGUCUUUCUGGCAUCAGAAUCUCUGAUCUAGGAUUUCUAUAUAGACAGCACUUUGUUUGGAAUUGAAGAAGAGAAACUGAAGAAGAGAAAAAUCUAGUUAAGAUAAUCCCUUUAGCUUUUAGAAAGAAUUGGUAGAAAACAUUUUUUAUAAUCAAAGACUGUAUAGGUCAGACAAGAUGCUGAGUCUGCAGUGUAGGGUACAAAGAAUAUAAUUUUCAUGGGAUAAAUUAUAAAGGAUUAUUUCCAAGGAUUUAACAAAAUAUUUAUAGUUUAUCUGUGGUCCUAAAUAUUUGUCCCUAGAGAUAACAUUCUUUCCAAGACUGCCUCCUAUACACAGAACUAAAAAACUAAAUACUGAAAUACUUAUUUAUUAGAGCCCAUUUGUCACUAAUUGUAUUCAUGUAGUAAAUAAAUUACCAGGACCCCAGGCCUAGACAUCAACAAAUGCUGUUAAAUGAGAACUAUCAGCAGUAACAGUAGUUUCAUAAAUCAGUACGCAUAUCUAAUUAUACUUCCCAUUAAGUUAUCAGCGCAUUCAGUAAGCCAUAUAUUUUUCUAAUGAAAGCAUCUAGAUGUAAAUAUUGAUGUUCUCCUGGUCAUUUAUAGCUAACUACCAUUGAGUAAUCAUUGAAUUCAAAGCAAUAUGCAUCAGAUAAACAUCUAAUAUAUGUUAGGUAUUAGGUAUAUGCAUUUAAGAGGAACAUACUAGCAAAAAAUACUAAAGGAGAAAUGGGUGGAAAGAGUUAUCUAGAAGAGAGGAAGCCAGUCCCAAAUACCCCAGUUGUUUUUUUAUAGUUGCUGGAGAAUAGAAAGACAAGGUAUAGAGAAGAUAGUACAAACUUUGGACUCAGACCUGUGUUUGAAUUUCACAGCCACACUUAUCACUCCAUGACCUUGGCAAGCCAUUAAUCUGAACCUCUGAUUUCUCAUCUAUAAAAUGAGGAAAAUAAUACUAUUCACCUUGUUGGGUUGUGAGAAUUAAAUGAGAUGAUAUUAUCCAGAUUAAAGAGCAGGAAAAAAAAAAAAGAAGGAAAAACUAAACAGAGUAUAGCACAAUUAACCCUGCAGAUGUCAAAGUCAAAAAAAAAAAUACAGCAUAGGUCUCGUGUGUGCAAGAGAUACAUUAAUUACUAGUAUGUGCUGAAAUGUGAAAAAAAACAGCAGAUUUGCAUUUAUUAUACUUAUAUAAUACAAGAUUUUU